UGACCUCCACCCCGGGCGCCGGCUCCUGCUACGCCGCGGCCGGCGCCGGCGCCUGCCCGGCCCUCAGAGGGGCGGGGGAGCAGCGGAGGAGGCGGCGCCAUCGCGAACCCCGCGCCUCGCCCGCACUCUCCCCGCCGCGCCGCAGUCAGGGCCAGGGCCGGGCGGGAGCCGGGCGUGUCUGCGGAGGCCCCUCGGCCAGGCUCAGUCGGCCCGGGCCGCGCUGAAACCCGGGCGGCGGCGCGGACAGGAGGCGACGGCGGGACGGGAGGCCGGGGCCGGGCCAGCGACCCGCCAUGGAGACCCGCUACAACCUGAAGAGUCCGGCUGUUAAACGUUUAAUGAAAGAAGCAGCAGAAUUGAAAGAUCCAACAGAUCAUUACCAUGCGCAGCCUUUAGAGGAUAACCUUUUUGAAUGGCACUUCACAGUUAGAGGACCCCCAGACUCUGAUUUUGAUGGAGGAGUUUAUCAUGGACGAAUAGUACUACCACCAGAGUAUCCCAUGAAACCACCAAGCAUUAUUCUCCUAACGGCUAAUGGUCGAUUUGAAGUAGGUAAGAAAAUCUGUUUGAGCAUCUCAGGACAUCAUCCUGAAACUUGGCAGCCUUCAUGGAGUAUAAGAACAGCAUUAUUAGCCAUUAUUGGGUUUAUGCCAACAAAAGGAGAAGGAGCCAUAGGUUCUCUAGAUUACACACCUGAGGAAAGAAGAGCACUUGCCAAAAAAUCACAAGAUUUCUGUUGUGAGGGAUGUGGCUCCACCAUGAAAGAUGUCCUGUUGCCUUUAAAAUCUGGAAGUGAUUCAAGCCAAGCUGACCAAGAAGCCAAGGAACUAGCUAGACAAAUCAGUUUUAAGGCAGAAGUCAAUUCAUCUGCCAAGACUAUCGCUGAGUCGGACUUAAACCACUCUUUUUCACUAAGUGAUUUACAGGACAAUAUACCUACAACGUUACAGGGUGCUACAGCCAGCACAUCGUAUGGAGUCCAGAACCCCUCUGCAACAUCUCUUCAACAACCCGCCCAACCUGUAGCUAAGAAUACCUCCAUGAGCCCUCGACAACGCCGGGCCCAGCAGCAGAGUCAAAGAAGGUUGUCUACUUCACCAGAUGUAAUCCAGGGCCAGCAGCCAAGAGACAACCACACUGAUCAUGGCGGGUCAGCUGUACUGAUUGUCAUCUUGACUUUAGCAUUGGCAGCUCUCAUAUUCCGACGAAUAUAUCUGGCUAAUGAGUACAUAUUUGACUUUGAGUUGUAAUACUGUUUUAUGUCUUAAGAGCUGUGACUCAACUGCUUCAUUAAACAUUCUGCAUUGGGUGUAAUUUAAGAAUUGUUUACAAAAGGUUAUUUUGUAUUUACCCUUUAUUCCUUUUUUUGAUCCUUAUAAAUUCAGUAUAUAGGUAGACAUUCAGACUGUCCUGCUAAGUUUAAGGAACUGCAAGUUACAGUUCCUUUCUUACAAUAUGACCUGCUUUAUAGGGAAAUAACUUAUUGUUAUUUCUCAUUCCUCAGUUUCUUUUUAUGUAAAUUUGUGAUAUUUUUCUGUAUAGCCCUUUGAAACUUUGGGGUAAAAGAUGGUGUUUUAAGUUCCA